UUCUUCUACUUUUCAAUUUCUGGUAAGAUUGCUCAUGCUCUUACAAACUUCAGGGAUUUGUCAAAUAACAAUUUGACAGGAUUAGUACCCGAAUUUCUAGCUAACAUGGAAUUGUUGCUGCUCAUAGACUUGAGGAAGAACAAAUUGAAUGGUUCAAUUCCAAAAGCUCUUCGUGAUCGUGAAAACAAAGGAUUAAAGUUAUUUGUUGAUGGCUACGAGACGAAGUGUUCGUCUAGUUCAUGUGUCCCAAAAAAGAAAUUUCCGGUGAUGACUGCUUUAGCUGCUUCUGCGGUUGUGGUCAUCGGAGUGGUAUUAAUCCUCUUUUUUCUUUUCAGAAAGAAAAUGCGAUCAAGUCAAGCAACAAAUGUAUCCGAACAUCUGAUCGAGACAAAACGAAGAAGAUUUACUUAUACAGAAGUUGUGGAAAUGACAAAAAAUUUCCAGAAAGCUCUAGGGGAAGGAGGAUUUGGCGUCCGAGUUGGAACCGACGAAAUUUAUUAA